ACGAGUAAAGAUGUUGCAUUGUAAAUAUAUUAUGCUAAGUUUUGUGAUUUCACUCGCUGAGGGCCAAGGGACAGGUUGUGAGAGUGGUGGAUUUCUAUGUGAAAGUGGAGCUGCACUGGAAUCAGAAGGAUCAGGGGACGUUGAUCUGCCUGCAGAUGUUAAUCAAGUCGUUGUUGCCCCACAGGCUCUAAGUACCGUCACCGUGGUUGGUUGUAUUCUGUCAAUGGUUGGUCUUCUAUCUACAGCAGUCACAUAUCUCUACUUCUGGAGGUUGGUGAAGUCUAUCCGGGCUUUGCUGUUGAUCAACCUUUGUGCCGUUCUCUUCAUUGCCUACCUAAUAUUCUUAAUAGGGAUACAUCGCACAGAGAAUAUGACCUCGUGCACCGCCGUGGCGGUGUUGCUACACUACGUAUAUCUCGUGGUCUUCUUCGUGAUGUUGGCGAAGGGAGGAGUGAUUACAUUGAUGGUGCUGAGGCCACUCGGCAAAAAAAACGUUCCUAUAUUUCUGGCUGCCACGUAUGGAAUACCGCUCAUAAUCGUCGCAAUAUCAAUGGGAGCGACUCGACUCAUAGGAUAUGGCAACGAACGAUUCUGUUGGUUGACGAUGGAAUCUGGUCUCUUUUGGGCCUUUGCUGGACCUGUCCUGACCAUUGUCGCGACAAACACAAUUAUUAUGGUGCUCGUUUUGAAGCAGCUCUUUGGAGUGUCCGCCAUGGCCAAGAGAACUGAUGUAGAGCAAAUCAAGACAGGUGUACGUAGCAUGUGCGUUCUGCUGCCGGUGCUGGGUUUCACAUGUCUGUUCGGCCUUUUCGCCGUACACAGGGACAAGCUCGUCUUCCAGCACUUGUUCGCCAUCUGCAACAUCUUGCAGGGAUUUCUGACAUUUCUAGUGCACUGUGUCUUUGAUAGAAAGAUUCGCGACGCGGUUCGAGAGACCCGUAUCCCGUGGCUCACAAGAACUGCAGAAAUGCGUACAGGAGCGACGGAGAUGAACACUUACUCAAUGAAGGCCUGUGCUGGAAAUACCAAGGAAACAUGAUUUGAAGUCAAUCUCUAAAAAAGACAGUCGAAAGAAUAACUGAAGAGUUACCAUUGUUUAACAUGUUUUCUGAUUUUUCAAUUUUCCUAUUUUCAAAUUCAUGUACAUGAUCUUUUGUUAUCGUUAUCUAACUGUAGUCCAACCUGUUGAUGCAUUCUUGAUUUCAUUAAAAACUUUAGAAAUAUUUGAACUUUUGAUAUUGUUGUUGUUGUUGUUUUUGUUUAGCAAAACUCCAUAACAAGUGUUAAGCGUGAACUUAAUGUACCUGAUAUUAA